GACCGCGCUGAAUGACGAAGACGCCGCGCUACAAAUAUGACACUUCUGCGGACUGUACAUGUGACUCUCGUAGGACGAGAGGGGGAACAGAGGGGGAGAUCUUAGAACGUACAGAGGAAUUCAGAUUGCGAUCUGAAAACGAGCCUCCGAAGAGUCCUCGCGAGCGCUGAUCGAUUACCUGUCAUCUGUCAUCCGUCAUCAGCGUCUCUCGCGUAAAUACAUCGCGGGAUGUUUUAUUAUCGACGCCCGAAGGACACCCUUCGCCGAGAGACGCCGACAUCGUCGGUCCCUUAUCCCCGAAAGCAGUUUCGGUGAAUUGAUCGUGGAGGACGCGGGUUAUAUCAAGCGUGAUAAUAUGCUACGGCACUGUGCACCAUCGUUUUGAUUAAAGAUGGAGGAAACGGGUAACGAGAAAUUCCUAUCGCGAAGACGUUCCGCCGCAUUGAAGGCUGUCAAAGUGAAGGACGAGAGGGUGGCCACCUUGAAGAAGGUAGCGGCAAUUUUACAGAAGUCCGAAAUUGACAGAACAGCGGAGGAGACCGGGAUACUGGCCUCGUGCAGCGAUGCAGUGAAGGAGGUUAAUUUACGACAAGAAAAACGAGAUAGGAUAAAAGCAAGGUUGGAAGAAGUCGAGGAUGCCGCUGAGAUUCUGGAGGAAAAAUGUAUGCGCCUGGCAGCAGCAAUCAGCAGAGCAACGUCCCUCACAGUAUACACUGGUGCUGGUAUUAGUACAGCAGCAUCUAUUCCAGACUAUAGAGGAACUAAUGGAGUCUGGACUCGUAUGCAGCAAGGGAAGGAUAUUGGGAAUCAUGAUCUGAGUCAAGCUGAACCAACGUUAACACAUAUGGCGCUUUAUGCGUUAUACAAAGCACGAGUUCUAAAGCAUGUAGUCUCUCAAAACUGUGAUGGAUUACACUUACGCAGUGGUAUUCCACGUAACCUUCUGUCCGAAGUUCAUGGCAACAUGUAUGUUGAAGUUUGUAGGGUAUGCAAGCCAUCCAAAGAAUAUUGGAGGCUCUUUGAUGUUACUGAAAAGACUGCUCGAUAUCAACAUGGUACGGGAAGAUUAUGUCACAGAUGUAGUUCACUAUUACAAGAUUCUAUUGUUCAUUUUGGCGAGAGAGGCAAUCUACCCUGGCCAAUCAAUUGGAGUGGAGCGUCCAGAGCUGCGAAACAAGCGGACGUUAUACUAUGUUUAGGUUCUAGUCUAAAAGUUCUUAAGAAAUAUCCGUGGUUGUGGCAGAUGGAUAGACCCGUUCAGAAAAGGGCUUCCUUGUACAUUGUCAAUUUGCAAUGGACUCCGAAAGACGAAAAUGCAGUUUUAAAGAUAAACGGGAAAUGCGACGAAGUGAUGAAGAGAAUAAUGAAUCAUCUCGGAUUAGAGAUACCGCAAUAUAAUCGUACAAAGGAUCCAAUCUUCUUUCACGCUGUGAAGCUUCAGAACAGUGAACAGCUCACUACUACUCAGCCGUGUCUCGAGGAACCGACAAUCAAGAAGGAGCCUUUGAGUCAAAGUAGCGACGAAAAUGUGAAGUGUACAGUGCAGCAAACUGAAGACAAAGAAGAUGACUGCAUAUCUAAUGUAACAGUAACAGACACAACCAAUACCUAUCCAGCACCUUUUUUCGCUGCGUUACCCUUCUUAUCCAUGGGCUUGCCAUUUCCUCCUAUGUAUAUGUAUCCUCAAUUAACUCCGUUAUUUUAUUAUCCUUUCAUACAAGUACCGAACGCGCCGAUUGAGGCGCCGAAACCCAAGCCAGCCUGUUCGUUCUGUAUGGAAUACGAGGGCUCUCUUACCUGUUUGUAUUAUCAACGUGACGGAGAUUGUCCCGACCCACCAACGAAGACUGAAAACGAACAGAAGCAGGAAGAAGGUACGAUUCGCCCGGACACUCCGAGUAUAGCGUCUCCAAAGAAUCCAGGUUGGUUUGGCAAAGGAUACCGUAAAGGUAUGAAAAGGAAGCGGUAGCAUCUGCUCUUUAUAAUACGCGCAACGCUUUUUGGUCCUCGCUCUAUCAAGAUUACAAUAUGUAACCGUAUAUUGUACGAUAUAGUAACGUACAUAAGUAUUUAAAGUCGCCAUAUCGUAAUAAAAUCGUGCAUAUUUUGUAGGUUUAUAGUAAUUUGAUUCCAGUAUUGAAGCUUUAACAAAUAGACUGAAAUUUUGAAAAUUAAUUCUGAUAAAACAAAAGCAAUCUAUUAUUUUAUCUGCUUCAAAAUGAUUACUUUUUCAAGACUUGUACUUUUCACGUAAAAUAGCAAAAUGAAAGAUAUAAAGAAGUAAUAGAUUGCGUCUAUUUUGAAAUUUAUUGAUAACUUUGUAGAAAUAUUUUAUUAAUUAUCAACAAAAUAUGUUUUAUCUUUGUCUUGCUACAAAGAAGCGAUUUUUAUUAUAAUUCAUUAAUUAUCCUUUGGAACUGUAUUUUGCAUACCAAUAUUUUCAAAAAUAUUUCUCUUCCAUAUUUGCAACAGAAUGUUGUAAAAUAGGCUGAGGUAAAUGUAGAAAUGGUAAAUAAGUUUUAUUCAGUCUUAAAUUUAUUUAUAACUAUAACAAAUUUAACAUUUUCAAAUUUUAGGUACUCAUUAGAAAUUACAAUAUUGUCAAGUUACUUUUCUAAUAACUUGUAAAAAGUAAUGAUUCCCUAUCUUUAUAUUUAUUUGCUUUAUCUAAAGCAUCUUUAUUUAUAUUAAUCAAAACUGGAUUGAUACUUGCCUCUAUCGUAUUCUCAAUCUAUAUAUCGAGCUCGUGUACUGUAACACGAUAAUUAAGAGUAUGCAAAUAUACAUAUAUAGU